CCUAGAUGCGCCAUACCUGGAAUUCCGCUAUAAAAGGCGGAAUCGACGCCCUUUUUCUCUUCUAGCUCCAUCCAAUUCACCAUCCAUCUCUCUUCAUUCUCUUCACCCUACCAAUCUUGUACAAAAUACACGCAAUGCACGCCGAAGCAACAACCCCAAAUCUCUUUGUCAACAGCCGCUCUGCGCACGGGAGCUGCGAUGGGCAGAUGUUUUGCGGGAAGACUCCGUCUAAUGCGCAUUUCUGCCAGUUCUGCCAGUCAUACUUUUUCACAACCGAGGGGUGGUCGCACCACCUGGAUACAGUGCAUCCCAAUGAAAUGCCAAUGUACUAGUAUCUUUUUUCUGUCAAAGUAAAAUAAAUGAAGGGCGCAGGUUUAGCGAGCUAACAAAGCCCCUCAAUUGCCA